CGUGAGACCGCUCUUGAGAGAACCUCGUGCCAGCCACGCAGCCACGAGUACCGCCGGCUGUCGAGGUCCAGCUGUUAGACGAGCCGUCAGACCGACGGUCCAGGCUCCGCGUUACUUGUUCCACGUAGCGACGAGAGCGGAUCGCGUUCGUCCGGUGUCACCGGGAGGCUCCGUCGACUGACUCGUCGCGCGAGCUGUCAAAUCCCUCGAAGAAACGCCACCGGGACGACCACGUCGUCGAGACAGCGGCGAGGAACGUGGGCGGAAUUAAUUAAUAUCCCGCGCGCUGCGUAAAUAGCGGAAGGCCGCGCCGGCGACGGUGUGCAUCGAAUAAGUCCGCCUGCGGCGAAACAGAUAGCGCACAGCUGACGGUUGCGUGGGAUGCGGCAAGGUCGGAGUCGGCGAACGGCGCGUUAUUGGUGUCUGUCGCGAGCUGUCAAAUCGCGGAGCCGCGGAGUCGCGUGUCUCGUCGCGAGAACGAGCGCGUCUCGAUCCCUCUCUCGCGUCGAGGCUUAGCGGGAGAUCGGCCUUACGAAACUCGCUCCGAGCGCGCGGGGGGUUUGGGUCUCGGCGUCUCUUAAACGAAUUUAACGAGCGGACCCGUUCGGACAAUUCGUGCCACUUUACGCGGCGAAAGAUCGGCCCCGGUGCUCCCUCCUCCUCCUCCCCUCUUUCUUUCUCUCCGUCGUCGACGCGCGACGUCGAAAGUUGACUGACCGACGUGACUCACGGGAUUACGAGUCAUUCUCGAGCUGUGGUGAUUGUCGCAUCGUGUGAUCGCGAGUGCGUUUCUCGCGGUCUUAUCGCCUCACCGUCGAGAAAAGAACAACGAUCGUAUGAUACCGCGUUGUUAACACGUCGUCGAUCGCAGCUUGGGAUCGCAUUACGAAAGAAGUCUAUGACUGCGAAACUCCGUUCAUCGCUGACGCGUGUCUCGUCUUUAACGUGAAUCAGCCGGGGAUUAAUCCGAGUCGGAGAAGAGGGAAUUGAAAAAGAGCGAGGCUUGCCAGGACGUGCGUUGCAACAAUCGUCACUCGAGCCAUUCGUAUUCUUCUAAUUAAACUUGACAGAGAAGAUCUCCCACGAUGACAGAAGACAGUGAUUUCUAGAAGCUGCUGCGUUCAACAUUCCUGCGACUGAUUCGUAUCGCGAGUCGCAUUCGUUCGACUCCCCCGUCACCUCGACAAGGCCGGGCGACGCGCGUUAACUUGCCGAUAUCAGGAUUAAGUGCCCGAAGACGGGGGCUGUUAGCAAAGGCGGUCACGUGCCACCUGUUACGAGCCGAUCCGCAGUGCGGAAAGGUCACGGGUCUCCGUCGCGGUUCAGCGUGUCGGGCGUCGAGGGGUCGCAAGAGGAUGCGACUACGCACCGCGGCGCGAUCCUGGCUGAGCCUGGCGGUAGGAUGUUGACGGCCCGAUCGGGGCCUCUCGGGCUCGGCGUGCCGCGAACCCUGGGGCCCGCGGAGGGAAGCGAUCACCUCUUCCUGCUGCCGGAACGUGCUCUCGGCAUGGACAGCACCCACCUGCGACAGGACCUAGCCGGUCUGGAUUUUAACCUGCACCUCAACCUACUGCACACGGCGCCCCGCGGCAACGUCUGGCUAUGUGAGUACCCCGCCAUAGAAAGCCGCUAUACGGGUCAUCCAGAUAAUCGCGGUGAGUAUUCGCCGAAGUUGAUGCAAACGUCUUAUCUCUCUUCCGCGACGUCAGCUGGAGCCGCUCCUGAGGAAACUAACCAAAGGUCCAGUUCUGCACACAAUCGCCACUCUCUCACGAAGGAGCAAACGAUGCACUGGUUCGCCCAGAUUGGUGGUGACGACUCCCUCGCUUUGACAGAUGUGAAGCGCCCGCGAAGCCUCUACGACGAGGACUCCCUCGACGGCGAUCGUCCUUACGAGAAUGAAGGACGAGACUCGACGGGAAGCUCGAAGGAGUUGGAUAGGGCGAAGCUCGUCCGCGAGAGGCAGAACGAGGAGCGCCAGCGGAAGUUGGAGGAGCUCAGGCAGCAAGCUCUCGCCGCGCAACGCUUCCGCGAGCAGCGCGAGGAGGAACGACGAAGACGAAUCGAUGAGCUCAGAUCGCGCGAUAACGACAGACGAAAUCAAGUCGAGGAGAGAAAACGGCUGAUAUGCGAGGCCGAGCGAGAGAGACGAGAGGCUAUCCUCCGCAAGAAUCAGGAGAGGGAGGCGCGCAUCGAGGCGAAGAAGAGAAACGAGAGGUCGCAUAUCGUCUUUGCGUUCGGCAGCUCCACGCCGCGGAUGCUGGAGCCCGCCGAUACCGGCGGCUCCACUUUCUGGGGUACCCGCAGAGCCACCUCCACCACCAAUGUCAUGAUGUUCUCUGCCGCGCAACCUCUCACCAGGAGGUCCUCCGAGAGAGAGCUGGACGGCAGCAAGAAACGGGCCACUUCCGCUGGCGGGCUCGACCGGAAGCCGGGCGAAGAUAUGAGAAUGUCCUCGUCCAUGUACGAGGUGUUCAAUUGGAAUUCUAGCCCCGAUCCCCCCUUAACUCCUGCCAAGCAUAAGAGAGCGAGCCUCUCUCUGCCCCCCACAACCGACAUCUUUGCCGUCGAUGAUAAGUCCGAUAGCGACACUCGGCGUCCCAUGAUUCAGCGGGUUGCCAGUGGUGAUGAUAGCGACGGUGGCACGCCCAGCACCCCGACCUCGGUUUACCUACGCGUCAACAGGAGACGCACCGACCUCAUGCCGACGAUACCGUCCCCGCGCGACGGCCCGCCGUCGACGGCACGCAGCUCCAGCGCCAAGGCCUUCACACGCUCGCCAGGUAGGACUUACUCCAUGUCCAGGCUGGACCAGCUGGCGCAGCCUAGGAAACGCACGGCCGAGCAGCAACUCGGCACGUUGACGGAACAACAGCAGAGCCAGCCUCUGCAGAGCGCUUCUAGCAUGAGUCGCAGCAUGUCGCACUUGGCCGCGCCCGGAGGAGCCAAGAGCCUAAAGCGCUCCGAUAACUCGCGCAGCAUGGGCACGCUACCGGGCGCGGCGCCUAUCCCCAGACCCACCCGCGCCGAAAGACUACGCCGUAAGGCCCGCGAGCACCAGCAGGCCCAGCAGCAACAAGGUAUCCGCAGCGGCGAAGUGACACCCAACAGCCCGUCCCGGCCGCACAGCUCCAUGAGCCAGCAGAGUGCCAGCAGCGUGGGCAGCAGUAACGUCAAUCUGCGUACCCGCACGGCCGCGUCGCGCCGACCGCGGCCUGCUUCUAUUGCCGGUACCGGUGUCUCGGUCACAGAGAAACACAAUCUGGUGGGUGACGUGAAAUUAACGAAGGAUUCAAAGCCACCACUGCCAAAGGUCCAUAGCACUCCAAAGAAACCUUCUCUACCCAAAGCCGCGGAAGUGAGAAAGCCGACGGAGAAGUUAAUCAAGAAUGCCAAGUCAUCCCCGCGAAUAACUCCGAAAGCGACACCCCUGCAAAGUCCUGGAGUUGAGCACGUACCGCUCAUCCGCGAAACUAACGCGGAAAUCAUAAAGCAGGAUGAGGGUAAAGAUGUCAAAUCGGAGGACAAAAACGAGGAAAAGAAGGAUCAGGGUAGCGAAAAGACGCAGGAAACGAACGUUGUCGAAUCUGUAACUAGCGAUAUAAAGGUAGCGAUGGAAUCUGUGUCGGCAAGCAAACAAGUCAAAGACGAAACCAAUUUGAUGCAAGAGAAUGUAUUGGGUGCAGUUGCGGAAGAACCGUCGAAAGUCGCUAAAAUGGAAGAGAACAAGCAAGAGAAGAAAUCGCCAGAGAUGACUGAAACGAAGUUUGAAGGUGAAGCGGACGAGCAGGUUGACAUGUCAGCUUCGAUGAUCGCGAAAAUCAGAAUCACCACUGAAGAGGAAGCGAAAGCCGCUUUGGCUGAGCGUAGAAGAUUAGCUCGAGAACAAGCGGAACGUGAAGCGGAAUUGGAGCGCCAGCGUCAGGAGGAACAAGCACGUCUAGAAGCUGAAAGAUUGCGCGCGGAGGAAGAAGAGCAACGUCGUCUGGAGGAAGAAACUAUACGCUUAGCUAAUGAAGCUCGAGAUGCAGAGGAGCAGCGACUGCAAUUGGCAAUCGAAGAAGCUAAACGUCGCGAGGAAGAGGAUAGAAGAAAAAGAGAAGAGGAAGCUCGUCAGAAGCAAGAGAAAGAAGAAGCAGAGCGCAAAGCAAGAGAAGAAGCAGAAAGACAACGAAUCGAAAUGGCUGAGAGGCUCAAGAAGGAAGAAGAGGAGCGCAACGCCAGACGCAAACGAGUCGAGGCGAUUAUGCUUAGGACUAGAGGCAAAAAUCAAACCAAUCCGUCUGCCAAGGAAGAGGGCGGUGAUGGCGACAAGCUAAAAGAAGACAGCCCUACCGACGAGAGCAAACCGGUACCGGACGGUAAAGGUGACGACGUCAUGACAGCCAGUUUAAUUUCCGAGGCGACUCAGCAAUUUAUCAGCGGCGAGCAACGGGCGCAUCACACGGAAAACAGCGUACCUGCACCGGACAUAGUGCACAACGGCACGGCACAUAGCAACGGCAUUAACGAAAGUAAAAUUGUAUUGGAUAAUAAUCAGGGUAACGUUGAAGGAGAGUUGAACGGUCAUCAUACGAAUCACGGGAACGGUAUCAACAGUCAGUCGAUUACGCUGGACAAUGCCACUGUCAAGCAAAACAACGUGACCAACAACCUGUUAGACCUGACGGACUUCGAUACCCUGAGUAAUAACAGUAGCGGCUACGAUACCGGGCCGAUACUCGAACUGACGCCCAAUCUGGCGAACGAGGAUACCCUCAACUCCAAUCUGAACCCGGCGGCGAUGCCGUUUACCCCGAUGGGGUUCGCCGCCGCUAAUGUCAAUGUCAAUCCGUUCCAGGACAAUUUCAUCAACAAGCCACAGGACAACAAUCAAGUACCAGAUCUACUGUCAUAAGGUGUCUCUUAUACGUUCCCGGACGAACAGAGAAAGAGCAGUUGGGCAACUGAUAAUUGCUUCUAGCGAGCAAUUGCUAUAUUAUUCGGAACGAGACGUUGUUGUUUAUGAUAAUGUAAAUAACCGCCGUCGCGCGACGUAUCAUGUGCUGAGGGGAUAUCUCGGUGAACGAGAACGAGGACGCAGAGACCCAUCCCCGGGCCCUACAAUCAUGCCGAGCUCUGAGCAUCGUCACCGGGAAGGAGGAAGUGUAAAAUAAUAUAUAAUGUUAAUUAAUUAUUGCGCAACAGCAAGUGUGGACACUCAAUCUGUGUGUCGUAGUAUGCUAUUAGGCAAAUAACUUUCUUAAGGAAGGGGGUUGAGGCCUGUGUUUGUAACACAUCGUUCUCGGAUGUUCAUAACGCGGACGUAUUUUACGAUAACAAAGCGACGUGAAAUUAUUUUCUCUCACAUACAUACACAAACCCGCAUGUACACGCGAUUUCGCCCUUACCCCACACAUACACACACGUAUAUGUGUGUAGAUUACAAGUAAGAUUUCCGAGGUGUUAAUCAAUAGAGAUGGGAGAAUUGGAGAUUACGCGGAGAGAGUGAAUUGACGAAUAAACAUAGCACAAGAGAUAAAAGAAGAAGAGAGAUAAAAUACAACAAGUCAGAUCAAACGCAGAAACGUAUCUGCCAAAACGACGGAUAAAAGAAUGUCCCCAACAUAUAGGAGAUAAGUAUAAAGUACCGUGGCACGGUACUACCUUAUUACAAUUUCACGAGCGGAUCUUAAAUGCGUUAUCGCGUUCAACGUGGAGAGACAUUCUGCGGAUACGAGAUGGGGAAAAGUAACACGGAUAUAGAGAAAAAGGAAACACUUUUCUUCCAUACCAGAUUUCGGGGCGUGCGCUCACUAGUCAAGCAAUCUUACUGUUUUUUUUUCUUUUCUUUCUUCUUUUUAUCGUAUUUUUUUUCAUUUAGAGGGCCUACUUAACAUUGGUAUAUACCCUAGGUAUUCGCUAGACCUCACUAUAUCGUUACGUUCUUUUCGCGGAUCGUGCAUAAAUUCUCUAGCUGUGAUGAUGACGAUGACGAUAAUGCCGAUUGCUUUGUGAGAUAGCCACUGCAUAAGUUAACGGUGAGUGACGAUCUAGUAAUGUUAAUUGUAAGAAUUGUUACGCGAGAGAGACACUACAGAUGGGAUUCAAUUGCAUUUUACUCGACGGAGGUAAAUAACGUUCGAAUACUGUAACGUUAACGCGAGAGCGAACAUAAAAGCGCGAGUGUUCUACUUGUUAUUAUUUGCAACGUGAAAAUAUUAUGAGACGUGGAAUGUAUCGGUAGCAUGCUCUAUAUUUUGCGCUCGCCCUGUUUCACAUAGAUUAUUUAUAACGAGGAUAGAGAAACGGAAAUUUCUGUUAUCCUGGUUUUAUUCGGAAAACAUGAUCGAGAGAAACGAUGGUCGGCGCUAGAGGAAAGAUAGGAUUAGUGUACAGAUUGUUUGUUAUUCAAUUUUUCUCGAACAUUUGCACGCGCGAGAGAUUUAUCCCUCCCCCCCCCCCUCUCUCUCUUUCCCCGCCCCUCGCUCUUUACUUUAUUCGCAUUUUAUCGUGAUCGGCGUAGUGGAUUUAUCGAACUUUAUAUGAUAUAAAAUUGAAAUGGUCUGGUUUAUGUUCAAACCCAAGAUUUUUCGCAUACGCAACCUGUUUUUCGGUCGGGCGAGAGAGGAACUCUCGUCCGCGAAUAAUCGAUAUAUUUUCUUAUGCAUGAUUAAUAUAUAUUUUUAACGAGAGUCGUUAGAGCGAGCGUAUUUGUACAAAGUUGCAUCGCAAGUCACUUGUUCAUAACGCCGAAAAUGUCCCCAAUCACUACUAGGAAAAUAAGCAGGAGAAGCAUAUACACAUCCCGAAACUAUGCAAAGUGACAGAUUUAUUGACACGUUUUAUCGCCCGUUCUCACGCGAGAAAUUGUCUCCGUGUUUGUCCUGUAAAAAUUUCAAUGCUGUAACGGACCGGAAACGCCCGAUUCGUUCCGACUUAUUGUACGAAACUUAUUUAUAUUAGUUCUUCUUUUUUUCGACAAUAUUUAUUAAUCGUUUGGACACCGUAUAUUAUCCCUGCGUCACAUGUACACUUAUACUAUUUUUAUUAGAUUUGGUUGAGAUUCUAUUAAAACUAUUCUAUAAGAAUACCUAAUAAUAAUGGUAAUUAAAUAGAGUACGAGAGAAUGUUUCUAAAUAUACAAUAAUGAAGAAAAAAAUGCUAAAAUAUCAUCAGUCAUGUCUAAAGAAACAGAUACUUCAUAUUGUAAAAAAUGCUUGUAUGUAAUAAAUACUUAAUACUGAAAAAAAAA